CGACUUGCCCUUCGCUCUUGCCCUCAGCAUUAUAAGAGCUAGUUAAAGCUCGACCUUCGCAAAUAGCACCUGCAGACCAGAGGAUAAAAUAAUAAUAACAAAAUCAGAGAAGAUGUCAUCCUCGGCGAGUAAGAUUAUGUUCCAGGUUGUGGCUGGCGGGGCUCAAGAGUCCAGUCUCCCAGUGAAAGAGAUCCCCGGGAGCUAUGGGAUCCCCUUUCUGAGCCCCAUCAGAGACCGCCUCGACUUUUAUUACUUCCAGGGUCAGGACGAUUUCUUCAAGACCCGCAUCGAACAGUACGGCUCCACCGUGUUCCGAGUGAACAUGCCCCCAGGCCCGUUUAUGGCCCGCAUCCCGCGUGUCAUCGCCGUUCUCGACGCCAAGUCAUUCGACGUCCUCUUCGACGUCUCCAGGGUGGAGAAGCGCGACGUCUUCACAGGCACCUACAUGCCCUCCACCUCCCUCACGGGUGGUUACCGUGUCUGCUCCUACCUCGAUCCGUCAGAGCCCACCCAUGCUAAGAUCAAACAGCUCCUCUUCAUCCUACUCGCCUCCCGCAAGUCCCAUGUCAUCCCGUCCUUCCGUUCUUUCUACUCGUCUCUAUUCCAGACCAUGGAGUCCCAGCUCACCGCCUCCCUGGGUGCCAAGUCUGACUUCAACAAGCUCAAUGAUGUAACCGCCUUCGACUUCCUCGGCGAUGCGUUCUUCGGGGUCAGCCCGUCCAGCACCAACCUCGGCACCAGUGGUCCCUCCAAGGCCACCAAGUGGCUCUUCUUCCAGCUCUGCCCCCUUAUGACCCUCGGUCUCCCCAAGAUUUUGGAGGAGUUAUUCCUCCAUACUUUCCCACUCCCACCAUUCCUAGCUAAGUCCGACUAUAAGGCCCUCUAUGCUUACUUCAGCUCCGCGGCUGCUCCGGUGCUCGACACUGCCGAGAAGCUAGGGCUUUCCAGGGAGGAGGCGUGCCACAACCUUCUCUUCGCCACAGUCUUCAACAGCUACGGCGGCGUCAAGGUGCUCUUCCCGGGGAUCCUCAAGUGGCUGGCGCUGGCUGAUCCGAAGUUGCACUCACAACUGGCCAAGGAGAUCCGAUCUGUCGUCGAGGCAGAGGGAGGAAAGGUGACGCUGGCGGCCAUCGAGAAGAUGGAACUCACAAAGUCCGUCGUGUAUGAAGCCCUUCGCAUGGACCCUCCAGUGAAGUUUCAGUACGGCAAGGCCAAGCAUGACCUAGUGAUUGAAAGCCACGACGCGGCGUAUAAGGUGAGCAAGGGGGAGAUGAUCUUUGGUUACCAGCCCCUUGCGACCAAAGAUACCAGGGUGUUUGAGAAUGGAGGCGAGUUCGUUGGGGACAGAUUUGUGGGGGAGCAAGGAAAAAAGCUUCUCAUGCAUGUGUUGUGGUCCAAUGGGCACGAGACAGAGAGCCCGACGCUGGAGAAUAAGCAAUGCGCAGGGAAGGACUUUGUGGUGCUUGUGGGGAGGCUGCUCGUCGUCGAGUUCUUUCUUAGAUACGAUACCUUCAACGCGGAGGUGGGAACCCUACUGCUAGGUGCUCAGGUCACUGUUACCUCUUUGACCAAGGCUGCCUAGCUCUUUUAGUUAAACAAAAAGGUGCUUUAGUUGCAACUUUUGCAUGGCCAAACCUGCUGCAUUAGGGGCGAGCCCCUCUUGAUAUUAAUAUUAUAUAGUUUUCUACUAGUUUAACCGUUAACGUGUGAGGAUAACUAAUCCGAAUAAGCUAGGGCCAUGCUAGUAAAGCCAUGCGUCAUUUUCAGUUUUAAGUUAAAUAAAUUAAGGAAUGAUGCUUGUAGUUAAUGAUACAUAAUUAUAUAUAUAUUUUAUAUGGGAAAAGAUAUUAUCCGGACGUCCGUAGUUGGUAACAGGAUUGUUUUUUUAAUAGGGUUCAACGGAUUGGAAUUUGCUCUUCGUCCAUAAAUUAUAAAAAAAUAAAAAAAGCAA